UUUCUCCUUCAUUUCUUCCUAAUCAAUUACCAACAAAUCAAUAACAUCCUUCUUAUCAAUCUAAGACAAGUAGAUCGAGAGAGAUGCACGCCAAGACCGAUUCCGAGGACACCAGCUUCGCACCAUCUUCACCAGCCAGGCCAUCGCAAUUCUAUUACGUCCAGAGCCCCUCCCGCGACUCUCACGAUGGCGAUCACAAGACUACCACCUCAUUUCACUCGACACCCAUCCUCAGUUCUAUGGGUUCCCCGGCUCUACAUUCAUCUCUCGCCCACCACUACCGUGACUCCUCCACCUCCACCCGCUUCUCCGCAUCCCUCAAGCCUUCAACCACCGGAUCCCAAAAAAUCUCCCCAAACGAUAUCACCUCAGACAAAGACAAGAAACCUUGGAAAGAAUGUGCUGUCAUCCAGGAAGAAGGACUGAUAGAAGAGCAAGACUCUAGUAAUGGUCUUCCAAAGCGCUGUUAUUUCCUCGUCUUUCUUAUCGCCUUCUUUCUACUUUUCUUUCUAUUCUCUCUUAUCCUCUGGGGUGUCAGCAAGUCUCAGAAGCCAGAGAUCGCCAUGAAGAGUUUGAAGUUUGACAGCUUUACAGUUCAAGCUGGAUCUGAUUCUACAGGUGUGGCAACCGAUAUGAUAUCCUUGAAUUCAACUGUGAAGUUAACUUUCCGCAACACAGGCACAUUCUUCAGCGUCCAUGUUACCUCCAUACCCAUUGAUCUUUCUUUCAAUCAAAUCACAAUAGCUUCUGGAUCGAUCAAAGAGUUCCAUCAAUCAAGAAAGAGUCAGAGAAGUGUGGUGAUUUCAGUAAUAGGAAAUAAGAUCCCAUUGUAUGGCAGCGGGAUGACUUUGAGCCCUACGUUGGGGACGACGACGGGUUUGAAGGUGGCGAUGAAGCUGAGCUUGGUGGUCAAAUCGAGAGGGUAUGUUUUUGGGAAAUUGGUGAAGCCCAAAUUUUACAAAAACAUUGAAUGUUCCAUUUCAUUUGACCCGAAUAAGCAAAAUGUUGUGAUACAUCUGAAGAAUUCGUGCACAUAUGACUGAAACCGAUCAAUCCACCAUUUUUAACGGCUGUGUUGGAGUACUGUUUCUGUGUGUAGUCGGAAAGGAAGAAGAACAAAUAGCUCUGCUCGAUUGACAAACAGGUUUUCUACACAUGUCUCUAUGUAAGAACAGAACACAAUAUAUAGAAAGUCUGUAUUUAUUUGACCCCUCAGACCUCAACUUAUAAUUUAUUUUCUUGCAAAUUAUAAUAGUUUCAGUAAUCAAGUGAAUCUUGAUUAUGUUUAAUUCAGGAUUCUGCUAAAUCUA